AGCGUAGAGUCAUACACGUAAGGAAUGCACUGAUACAUGUAUCUACAGCUGUACGUUGAUAUCGAAUACAAAAGUGUUUGAUUUCCUUGUUACUCAUUUCUUUCUUUGUUCUUAGUCAGUCAGCAAGAGAGGAAAGUCAAGUACACAUCUGAGGUAUCGAUUGCAGUCAACAACCUGCGAGCUGAGCGAUUUAGUUUGUGAUUUCAUUCAUUUAAUUUUCGAUUUGUGCUGAUUCACGUCGCUUGAGCUUCGCUAUGCAGGCGUGUGUGGAUAUAUUGAACGCGAAGAGAAUUCCCGUAAAUGGAACUUUAUUAGAUACAGUGGAAACUCUCAAGAAAAAGAUCUCGAAAGAGACUGGCCUCUCGCCAUGCCUUCAAACUCUUCAUGUUUUACAGAAUGGAGCAACUGUUGAAUGGAAAGACGACAGUAGCAUAUAUUUUGGAGACUUGUUGAAGAAGAAAGCAGUGAUAUAUUUGUCGUACAAACGGGGCAAUUCGUCUUCUUCCUAUUACAUCAACAUAGUGACUGAAACUGGGCGAGUUUUGCUCGUCACUCCUGAAGGGGGAAAAGCGGCAACUAUAAACGAUUUGAAACAGCAGUUGUCGAUCAUACUGGAUCUACGCGCAGAUAGUUUAUUUUUACGCAUUGUUGAACUUUCAAACCGUAUAAAUAGGCCACUCGGAGAAUUAUUCAAUACUUUAGAGGAUUACGGUGUGAUCAGUAGUUCUGUUUUGUACGUGCAGAUUCAUCCGUGGAGUGAGAGGUGAGUUGGUUGUUUGCGUUAUGACAUAGAGGAGAACGUGACAAGCUACUUGGCUUCAAACGUGUGCUGUGCAAAUGACGAAAGUGCACUUUAAUUUUACCAUUAACUUCGUGGGUGACUAAUGGUUUUUGAGAAACUACUUAUUAAUCGUUUCAGUCUUUGCACUCAUAUUUACUGGUUUUAUAACAGACCUUGAUUUCCGAGUUCCAAAGGAGAAUUCUCGCUGAGAAUAAAAAAUUCACUCACGUACUUUCACUUUUAAAAACAAAGGUUCAGUUUUUAUGACUCAGAAAUUACCAGAGUUAUCGUUGAUGUUUCUUUAAUAAAUCUAGUUAAAUAGCACACAUGUACAGAGUAUGUUCUGGUUUGAUUUGAUCCUUGGAUAAAAAUUUUAUUUUUCCUUUGUUUUAAAUUCAUUAUCAUAAGUACUCUCUUCCGGAAGGAAUGGAAGAAAUCAACAUAUGAAUUUUGUGGAGCUGAACCAAGGCGUAUGUGUUGUGGCUCAAUUUUAUCCUUGCUUUAAAUUUUACUCUCUUUUGUUUCAAACUCAUCACACAUUACCAUCCUAAACAAAAGAAAAUAAAAUUUAAACCAAAGAUAAAAUUGAACCACAACAUUUACCUUGUACAAGCCUACUGAUAAUAAAUUGACCACUAGGGCUGUAUUUAAGUUUGAUACAUAGUUCAUAAUCUUGGACCUCUUUUGCUACGAAGCAGUGACCUUUUUGUCCUUCAAUGAAAGCCUUUGUGUCACCCUACUCCAAACAUGGCAAAAAGCUGUUACUUACUAGGUAAAAAGGUCUUAGCUUUUGUUUUAUUUUCCAUCUGAACACCUUGUAUUAGUAAGAGUAAGUGUUAAUUUUAUUGUUUUAUGAUCUUGAAUGAAUAGGGACUUUAAGAUGCCACAACGGCAACGACAGCGAGAAAGUAAAAAAAGCAACAAGGUUGAAUAGGCAAAACAGCAACUCUGCACUUGCAUUACACUUUUUUGUAUAUUUCUUUUUCAUCACUCCAUGACUACAACGGGAAAUGCCUAAUAUCACAUUUUAUGGAUGACGUAAACAAGUAAACGCUAAAUUUUCUUUCUCUUUCUGAACUUGAAUAUGGUUCUUAGGAAUUCGGGUCAAAAAGAGUUGGUUCGCAUUUGACAAUAAAUAAAUGAGUUGGAGUAAUCGCAAUGGAGAUUGAAAGAACUCAAAUUCACUUUUUAAGCGCCAUUUUCAUGGCCGUCACCAUUGUGGUAUCUCAAACUCCCUAUUACUAUCCUCAUGGUAAAACUCAUAAUUUUUAUAUGUCAGAAGCAAGCCUUUCCAACCAAAACAAACUCUAACCUCAAAUGCACUAGGUAGUCUGCGAUUAUUACUAAUUUACAAGAAUAAAUAUAUAUAGCAUUACCUCCACUAAUUUCUCUUAGUGCUUUUCAAACUACCUGAUAUUUAAAUAUUAUAUUCAAUUUUAAUAGCUUAAUGCACUUUCAAACAUAAAAUUAUGUUGUCUGUAAUAACCUUUCUGUUCUAUUUACAGUUGGUUCCAUGGAAAAAUAGGGCGUGACCAAGCUGAGGAAAUUAUGUCUUCAGCUUCUGAGGGACAGUUUCUCGUUAAAGAGAGUGUCUCUUUUCCUGGUGAUUAUGUCCUAUUUGUACGGUAUGUUGGUCAUAUGUUUUGUCACUUGUGCUUUACGUUCUAAACUACUUCAGUGUAGAAGAGCACUGAAGAGGACUUAAUUGGCUCCUGGUGUUAAGUCAAGUUCUUCCCUUAGUUCAGAUUUCUGGACUAUAAUAUAAAGAAUAUUGGAAGGAGAUUUUAGCAGAUAAUCAGAAGUCACUAAGGGCUCUAUGGCUCCCAGAAUAAUAUGAAAUAUAAAUGUACAUUCAAGUAAUGUUAUAUGCAAGUAAGGUGGUACAUGCCAUGUAUACCUGCCAUUACAUAUAAAUAAGGUGAUUUGCCAGAAUAAAAAUACCUGUAUUUGUUAGUUAGAUUGGUGAUUGUUAGUUAGAUGAGUUGGGGUCAGUACAUUUCAGUCUAUCUUUAAAUCUAAGGACAUUUAUGCAGUUAGCCUAGUUUUAUAUAAACAGCAGAUAUCAUUUACUUGUCUUAAAUAUAGUGAUGCUGGUCAAGUCAAGCAUUUCAAAGUAUCCUGUCACAAGAAUAUGAUGUUUGCAAUCAAUGAACAUGAUUUCUUUUACACCAUUGCUGAAAUGAUCCAGGUGUGAAAAUUUGUAUACUAAGUUAUUUAUUCAUUUAUUUAUACCAUCAUGUCAGUUUGAGGUAAAUUUAUUGUGAUUCCAUAUCUACAACACAAGAUACACUGUAAUCUUAGACAAGUUUAAGUUGAACAAGAAAAGUUACAUAAAAUAUAUGUACUGUAAUAUUAAAGGAUCAAAAUAGUGCGUGGUGAGGAGACUUUAGAAAGCCAAAAAUUUUUGCCUUUGGUGGUCUAGAGAACGAGGUAGCUGAUAUCCUCCAUCCUUAUAUUCUUAAGGUUGUAACAGUCCAUUUAAUAAUUAAUUAAUAUUUGUUAUGAGGUGCAUGUAUUUCUGAUUUGCACUGGAUCUAUUUUGUUACUUUGAAGUACUUCUUUACUAAGACAACAUUACAUGCCAGUGUCCCCAUGUGAAUAUUUCUUUCUUUUUUCUUUUUUUUAUGACUGGAGGGCCAUUAUUUAAUUAACUAACCUGAUAACUGGUAAUGAUCAUUUCUGUAUUUCACCCUCACUAAAUAAUCUUGUAUUUAUUUUACAUCUUUGCAGUUUUGCAAGAGCAAAGAAGGGCUACCCAUUAAAGGCAAACUGAAGGAGCCUGUGACAAGGUCUGAGCUCUCUGAAUGUACAGGAGGAGAAGGUACUGCUUGUGCAGUUAGAAAGAGUGUCUUAAUAAUUAAAUAAUUAAUAAUUAAAAUUAAUAAUUGUGUAAUAAAAAAAUGUCCAGGUAUUACAUGUUAAUGUUAAUAAUUAUUUUUCUUAACAUAUUAAAACCUAUGUACAUCUGAUUCACUUGAAAAGUAUAAAUCAUGAACAAUGAGAUCUAAUGGAUUUACGGGUACAAGUUUAUUGGCAUUGAAAUUCAUAUUUCUUUCCAUCUGGAGCUUCUCUUGCUGAUGUAUUGAAAUAAAUAUGAAGUACUCCUCAGCGACUUGCAUCUGCAUGAGAAGCUCAGGAUAACAACAAGCUUGUACAACAACUCUUAAACUAAAUUCUGGGAAGGUUAUUUGAAAGUGAUCAUUACCAAUGAUUGGAAAAGGUUCAAUAGGAGUAUUCUUUGACCUUGAUAUCCAUGUAUACCUACCGUAAUAAUUCGUAUGUAAUAUCGUCAGGAAUAUUGACUUAUAUAUUAAUAUGAUCCUGACCUCUGUCAUCUCCACAGGAUUAACUACAGGCAGCUCAUUGGUAAGACCUCGACUUCACACUACAGUAUCAACUGAAAUUCAUAUUAAUGUGGUGAUUGGGUCCAAGACAUUUUCCCUGCUCACAAGCACCUUAAAUCAAGUGCAGUCUCUUAAAGCGCAGAUAGAAGAAAAGAGUGGUGAGCCUGCAGACUGUCAGUUGUUACGACUGAAUGACAAACCUCUGGUUAUGGAUAGUUUUCAUCUCAGUGACUACCAUGUCGUGGAAAACUCUACAAUUUAUGUUCAGGUUCAUCCUUGGGAUGAAGAGUAUGUUUAUUUCACUUGUUUAACAGUGUAAUCUCUUAUAAUACACCAUGUUUGCCCCCCAAAAUUUUGCAGAACCAUUGUUUUUCAUUUCUACUCGGUAUUACAGGCAUCCUAAGAGAAAUUAAAAACAAUGCUUAUGCAAAAUUUUGGGGGGCAAACAAGGUGCCUUUUGGGAGACGUGCAAGUGGCGAAUUAUGUUGGUCAGUUGUUGUAGCGGAUACCAAGCUUAACAAGACUUUAAAUACCACAAACCCUUGAUUAUACCUAGCUGCUUUAUUGCUUCAUUACUGAUGAACAUUCACAAAGAAAUAACAGCAAUAAAAGGGGAACUGAAAAUAGAACUUAUGACUGUCCUGACCUCAUUUUAUCCCUUUCCAUGUUGAUUUCCCAACAAACGUCAUCGUCAUCAUUGUCAUGAAGAAAAUAACGAUAAACUCACUCUUGCACAGAACAUAGUUUGACAUUGCUCUUGGAAAUAAUGACUAGCUAUUAAACCUCUAGUUUGCUCUGAUUUCCAAAAAUGACUUUAAGCUCUUAGCCAAUGAGAAGACAGAUAGUGAGUAUAAUCUACAAUAAUAGUUUUUUCAUUUUGUUACAGAGGCCUUAAAAAGUCUUUUCUCAUUUUCCUUAAUUAGUUGGUACGUUGGUAACCUAACUCAUAAUGAGAUAGAGUCUUUGGUCAAAAGUACUGUACCAAAAGAUGGAAUGUUCCUGAUGAAAGAUAGCGCCACAUCUCCUGGAAACUACUGCCUCUAUGUAUGGUGAGUCUCUAAAAGUACAGUGAAGUGUUAGUUGCAUGUUUCAUUUCUAAUUAAGGGCCCUCUGUGUCUGUCAGAUACAGUCAACAAUUAGUCUAAUAUUUUCCUCAGAAUAUUAGAGUGAUAUGAAACAUUUGAGAGCUCGCACAGAAACUGCCACCCUCAUAGCCUGAGAAAACAGCCAACAUUUUGUUACACCAAUACUAGUUUCUCCACAAAAUGAUGUCUGAGGGGGGACUGGAGAAAUUCCGUACUGAUGAGCCAGAUCUUGGUAGUGCUUCUGAUUGGUUGAAACAAAUUUCCCCCACGACACGACCAAUCAGAAGCACUACCCACUACCUGAUGCCUACUUAAUGAUGCGUCAUCAGUAUGGACUUUCUGUGGUCAUCUCUCAGACGUCGUUUCUCAGCAAAACCAGUGGUGGCGUCUUGAAAUGUCAGCCAUUUUUUCAGAGUGCCACCCAGGAGGAAGGUGCGCUCCUUUAUCUGUGAGUCACCUUCCUCGCGGUGGCGAGUUUCAUGCUUGUCUGCAAAUUUCCCUUGCUCUACUGUCCGUGACGAAAAUGAAGGACUGCACCUAGUCCGUUUGGUAAUGGUCUGUUGUUUAAAUUUGACAGGUGGAAAGGCAAGCCAGCCCGAUAUAUGGUCGAGUUCAAGAAAAAUCGUUUCACAAUUGGAAACGAUCAUCAAUUUAAUACUUUGUCUGAUUUGAUUGAGGUAUGGAAUGACUAAAAAAUAAAAAAUGUUGUAGACUAAGCAUACUAUUAUGAUUUUAAUGCUUUUUGAUAGAAAGAGUUAACUUCUGGUAAAACAUUUUCGCCAACCCAUUCCAACAUGCUGAGCGAGACACGAAAAUGACCACGCGCAUGAUUGAAGGCGCGAGACGGGAGAGGCGCCGCCCUGGUUUCUCUCGUCUCGCGGUUCCGACGCUCGACGCUUGUGCGCGCGUGCACUCCCUCCACUAAAUCUGAAGAAAGAGGGAGACUGCUCGCAGUCUAGACCUAAAAAGAACGAUAUACACGUGUCAAAACUUGACACCCUUGGGUGAUCGAACUUAAGAGGGACACUAAAUACAGUAAAAUUGCACGUAGAAAACUCGUUGCUGUUAUGUGUCUUGUUUUUUAUGUUAAGGCUGUUGUUCUCUGUUGAUGUUGUGUUAAAACGGUUUAGCGGCAACUUACAGGGUGUUAACUUAUUACGUCAUCUCAUUUGCAGUCUUACAGGAAGUGCCGCGGGCGUCUGAAAUCACAGCUUACAGAUCCUGUCAAGAUUGACAAAGACUUAAAAUGUAUGUUUAAUCUCAGUACAGCUUUUCUACAAAUUUAAACACCGUUUUUGAUCCAGUUUUCCGUAUCCUUCAUUAAAGUUGCGUAGUAUUUUAACGUACAUGUAUCUGAUCAAAAGUUUCUAUUUAGUGGCUUCGGCGUUACUGAGUUACAUGUUCAGAGACAAACAUAUCAGUCAGUAUUUUAUAAUUUUGUUUUAUAUUCAUGUAGAGACGUAAUGAUAAACUGUGCGAUUCUAGAUUUGGUCACAGCCCGCCUACUGCAACCGUUAGCAGUUGAAUAAGAGCCUUCUUGCGUCAUGGUAAAUUCAGGCCCCGAUUGUUCAAACGUUGGUCAGCAUUAUCCACCGGAUAAACCACUAUCGAGGGGAUAAGUAGUAGGGAAACCAAUUGCUUUAUCAGUUGGUUAGAGAUUUAUGCAGUGGAUAGUGUUUUCCACCUUUUGAACAACUAGGACCAUCAGUACAGGUUUUUUUUUUUGGUUAAUUUAAUGUGUCUUUCGCUCCCAGGCCUUAUUCCGCCAGCUGUGGUAGCUAGAGGAAGCAAAGCCAAAGCAGCUUACAGAAGAGCCCUGGAGAAUGGUAAAACACGUGAUGUACGCGUGCGAAUCAUGCUUAUUGGAGAAGGUAAAGCAGGAAAAACAAGUUUAAAGAGAUCCCUUAAGGGGGAAAACUUCAAUAAACAUGAGGCUAGUACGCUAGGAGUGGAUAUGGAUACACCAUUUUUGAAGGAUGGUUUGAAAGCUUGGAGUGCACUUAAAACAGUUGAAAACAUCAGUGUUUUCGAUCAUAGAAGUGCUCAGCUUGUGGUUCGACAGCUCUCGGACCCUAAUGGCUAUCCAACUUCUGAUUUGGCAAAGGCCAAAUACCCUGGAAGAAAAGGUUUUUCAUGUAGUGAAGCCAAUUGUUCUGCAUCUAACGGUGUAUCCAAUGGGAUAGGGUCUUGCAAAGACAUGCACGACUUCAAGAAGCGUUUUAAAGGUAUAGUAGCCAAUUCUUUUCAGUUAUACCAUGCGGGAAUAACGAAAACAUAUGUCACUUCUUUUUUCUGUUUUGCGAAGGGGCCUUGAAACAUAGUUUAUGUUUUUUCUUCAAAAACUGUGAUGAAAAAAGUUGAAAUGACCUUUCCCCGAAACGGUGAAUGAAUGUAUUCUUGAGCAAUCCUUGUCUAAGUAGAAGUCUUCGAAAAUGUGACACAUUAUAAUCUACAUGUUGCUUGGAGCAAAAGUGUUUAGAAUAAUUAACAGUCAACUCUUGUAACUCUUUCUUUGAUCCAAGAAUUCAAAAGUUUGUGUUGAAAUGAAAACAUCUUAUAGUUUUUAUUUUCAAGUGAUCGAUGAAGAUUGCACUUAAAUAGUCAGGUAAAUCUCAAACAGUUUUGAGUCCAUGCUCAUGUUUGUUGCCUCUUUUUCAGGAAUGCCGAAUGCAAAAGAUCAUUACGAAGGACCGCCCUCACCAUUUUUCCAAGAUGAUGUCUUCACCAGUGAUCAAGUUAUUUCAGAUCCUCUUCCGAUGAAUAUGGCCAGCUUGGUAGAGGAUAUUCUCACGAGCGAUCAGGACCCAUCAGACAAUCUUCCGCAGAAUGUGGCUAAUUUAGUAGAGCGCAUGCUCCGACAGGAACACUUCUCUGCUUCAGAGGAAGUAUGGCCUGUGAUUUGGGACUUUUCUGGUCAAUCUCUUUUACAUGGCAUGAAUCCAAUUUUCAUGUCACGGGAAGCCGUAUAUUUACUGGUUUGUGACUUGACCAAGGAUCUCUUCAGCAAAGAACAUACAGGUCAAUCUGCACGAGCAACUAAUAUGCAACACAAAACUGACUCUUGUUUCGAUCAUCUGGUGAGGUGGAUGGACUUUGUUCAUUCCUUUCAUGAUACCAGCGUUGCAAGUGUUACAAGCUCUGCCCAGCCGCCAGUUAUCUUAGUUGGAACACAUGCCGACAAAGUCAGUGGCGAUCCUUGGAACCGUUUGGAAGCCAUCUUGGACAGUUUUCAUGGAAAGGCAUUUUCGUCGCUGAUUGUUGACAAGUUUUCUGUUGACAACACUCGGGCUGGGCAAGCCCAAGAGGAUCCAACUAUUGUAAGAUUACGGCAAAAGAUCCUUUCUGUGGCCUCCUUAUUGCCUCAUACAAACAGGGAAAUUCCUCUUCAGUGGCUUUGUGUGGAGAAGGUACUCCAUCGCCUUGCUGGAGAAGGAUUUAAGUAUAUCACUUUACAACAGUUUAAAGAAGUGGCUAAAAGAGUGUGUCGUUUUCAAGUGCAUGAAGACAGUGACGAGCUGUUGCAUUUUUUGUGUGAUUGUGGUGCUAUUCUUUACUUCAACGAAACUGAUGAGUCCAACAGCUUGGUUUUCCUGGAUCCACAGUGGUUAGUUCAUCUAUUCUGUGAAAUUAUAACAGUUGUUUCUGGGAAGAAAGAACCGAUGAAUAUCCGGCAAUGCCGCCAAACUCUUGCUAAAAAAGGCAUCUUGUCAGAAGAGCUUGUCAACUUUGCCUGCCAAGAAUCUGACGUCAACCUCUCCAAAGAAUCACUUCUUUCUGUCAUGGAGAAAGCAAGCCUUGUUUGCCGACUUGAAGUCCAAAAUGGGAAGGUGGUCUACCUUGUACCAUCAAUGCUGCCGGCUACGCCAGAAAACGAAAUUGUGGCAUUAAUUGACCAACAUAUGACUGCACCAGUUUAUGUCACUUUCAACACUGGGUAUAUUCCGUAUGGAUUAUUCUCCAGAUUCGUUGUGUUGUUUUCCGAUUGGGCUUCAAAGGAGCACUCUGCAAGGCCUCCCAAAAUGUCUGCAAACACAGCGAGGUUUUUUAUUGGGAAGAAAAAAGAUUACGGUUUGACGUUUGCUUUCUUCAAAAGUGUGGUAAUGGUCCAUGUUCUGCGAGAAGGUAGCAAAGAAGAGGAAACAGAGAUGACUGCCAUCUGCCAACAAGUUUACAGGUUGGGUAUUUAUGUUACAUGAAAGGCUUUUAAAAUACUACCCCUGUGUCCUGCAAGCUUGUAUACAGAAAGGGCAAAAUCGGCCCUUUUUUCGUUUUUUUCUGGGUGCCAUCUUUGAUUGCAAUGUGGAAUUUCCGCAAUGGCAUGGUCUUGAAGAAAACCAUGUCUCGUGCGAUGCCCUUGAUGUUUCCCACACAUUGUCAUCAAGUUUUUUUUCGCUUAAGAAUAAAAAGCUACCUUGAAUGGUUAAUUCUAAGAAGUCAGUCGGUUCAGCUCCCGUGUUGAAUCAGAGCGAUCCAAGAUCACUUUUCAGACCGUAACCGUUUAAACAGAGGAAAGCCAAGGGGUAGAGACUUAUCAGAUGUCCUACCACUCUCAUUUAAUCGGGGCCUCAGUCUUAUUGAGAGUCACUCAAUGAAGGUUAAAAUCUGUUUUCAGGAUCACCCUUUCCAGUUAUCAUUGUUAGUUUUCUUUUGAUGUCUUGUUGCAGAUGUAUUGAAGAUAUCCUAGAUUCUCUUCAUCUGCGGUGUCAUUGGCUGCACUCCAUUACAUGGAAGCUGUGUGCACGCUGUGAUAUGUGUUUGGGUGAAAGUGAAGGAGAUGAUGGCUGUUCCUGGCACCAUAUUCCUUCCUGUCCACAUCCCGAUUGUGCCCACUUUAUUCCAUUAGGCCCUGAUCGGCCAUUAAGGUGUGAACAGACUAUCAAGUCUAAAACCCUACUGGAUGAAGACAAACUUAAGCCUUGGCUAAAGGUACAUACUUAUGCUCUACAGUUUUCUUGCAAGCUACUGAAUCUUUACAGUUACUCUUUAGAGUUGAAGCAAAGGAAUACAGGCUGUGAAACUGAUACAAGUGUUCCAAACAGCACGUGUUUCGGUGGCUCUUUUGCAUGGCACGUUUAGUUACCUAAAAAGAAAGCUUGGAUGAUUAAUAUUUUACUGAGUCAAUUUCACAUACUGAACUACAUUCCAUCAUUUUAGAUCACCGGAUACAUUAAACUGUGCCCUUUCUAUGCUGUUUCUGUAACUUGUAAUGUCCUAUGUAUUACCGUUUUAAAAAAUUAAUCAUCAUUUUUUUUUUUCCUCAGCAUUUUGGUCGAAAUCAUGCUGCAGGUAAAUCUUAGCUUCCUGCGCAGACGUCACUUAGGGAAUGCGUGACAAGUUCCUCCCUUGCGCGACAAGCCCUAAGAAUGUCUGCGUGGGGAGGCUAGUUAAUGGUGUCUUUCAUUCUGUCCCUAUACUAAAAAAAUAUGUUCGGCGCUAGUGCAUUCACUUCAGCCUGAUUGUUACCUCGAUAAAUGACAUUUAACAGUAUCAAUUUAAACGUCAUUAAUCAUUCGUAAAGAAAAUCUGAAGGAAAUUUAUUUUAAUGAGUAUCUGAUAUUCACUCUAGACACGGCUAAACUUGAAAUCUAAUUUUCUGGGCUAAAAAAAUAGCAAAUUUAAUUAUUAGUGAGAGAAUCAAUAUUUGUACAUCAGGCCCCGGUUGUUCAAACCUUGGAUAACGCUAUUAUCCAAGGGAUAUAUCACUAUCCAGUGGAUAAGUAUGAGGAAAACCAAUUUCGCUAUCCAGUGGAUAGUGAUUCAUCCGGUGGAUAGCGCUAUUCUCCUUUUGAACAACUGGGACCAGAAGUCUAAAACACUCUUGCACUUAAAUACCGGCAACUCUUUUUAUACAAUUUUCAAAUACCUUUGUGGUUACAUUGUACCUUGCAGACGACCUUUGUUUUAAACCUGGUGUUGUGUCACUUGAUGACUUAUUGUAUCUCGCACACGACGUGGGUUCACAGUGGAAGAGUCUGUGCCGCAUUUUGUUGGGUGCUAAGGAGGUCGAACAUAUUGAUCAUGAUCAAAAGACCCUUUAUGACAAAUGCUACACCUUGUUGGAUCGAUGGAAAAAGUCUCAGGCAUCAGAUGCUACGUAUGCUGCAUUAGGAAUGGCCUUAAUGCACGAAGACCUGCAGGAACUCUGUGCAAAGUAUUGCGGCCUGCAACCGCAAGUCCCUCUUGAAAGUAGUCUUUAGUAUAUAACAGUAAGAUAUUAGCGUCUCCUCUGCGCGAAUUGGGACUUCUUACUAUGUAAUGGUAGAUUUCAACAACCGGUGUACACAGACAAGUCGUUUUCACUGGGAUUUUGGGGUCAUGACAUGCUACUUAGAUUUGAAUGCUAAAUGUCAGACCAGACAUUUUAUUUGUCUUGUUUGCUCCAUGUAUUCUGUAUUCAGUCUAACUUAUACAUAGUCGUGACAUUUACAUGCCAUAUCUUUCUUUCCUGAAAGGGGGCUUCUCAAAGAUAAUAUAUAAAGAUGUGAAUAGUCAUCAUUAACUACGUAUAAAAAUUAGGUACAAUAAAAGUGGAAAG